AUGAAGAGGAACAAAAGGAAACCCACCACAAGGAACAAUGAGCAAGAUGCCAUCUCUGUGCCACCCUCCCAAGAUCCAGGAGAUCUUCAAAACGUGUUGGAUGGAGGAGAGUAUGCCCCUUUUGUAUCUCCUCCCAUUUUAGAGAGCAAUUUUAUCCAGGUUAAUAGGAGAGGUGAAUCCAUUUACCUUCAUAACCGAGCCAACUGGGUGACUGUAGGCAUCUGCUCUUCCAGUAAAACCCAGAAGACCCCCAAUGUGAUGCUUCUAGCACAUCUGACACCUGAAGCCCGGAAAGAUAAAGAACCCCUGUUUCAAAGUCUCCUGAUAUCGCCUUCACCAGAGAACCUGGUGCUCACCAGGUUUCUACCUCUGCAGUUUGUGACUCUUUCGGUGCAUGAUGCUGAGAAUAUGCGCAUCAAAGUAAAGCUGGUGAGUGGUCGAGCCUACUACCUACAGCUCUGCGCCCCUGCAUGUAAACAGGACACCCUAUUUUGUCAAUGGGUGGAACUCAUCUCUCUCUUGAAUGAGGAGAAAGCCAAAGCUUCCAAACUCUCAGAAAUCUCAAGUCUCUCAGAAAUCACGAAUAGCACAGACAUCACAGGUUCAAUGGACAUCAUGGAUAUUGCAGCGUUCACAGCUGUAGAGACCCCACAUGAGUACACAUGCUCAGACCCUGUACAUGCGGUAGAAAGCAUUGAUUUCUCAGAUUUCUCCGAUGUCACUGAUGUCACCGACGUCACAGAUGUUCCAGAAAAUGAGGUCACAGAGGCCCCAGAUAUAAAUAUUGUCACUGAAGUUACAGAAGUCACAGAUCUCUGUGAUGUCCCAAACGCAGAGGUCACAGUGGUGUUUGAAAAUGAUGAUAUACUAAGGGCCAAGCAAGAAGAAAAGGAAAAAAUGGAAAAUAUUCUGAAGCCUGGGUGUCUACGAGAUACGAAAAGUAAGAAUGAGUUCAAAGAAUCCUCAAAACAUGUCACCAUCUCAAAUGUAACACUGACUUUCCAAGGUGAACAAUGUUUUCGUACUACCUUGACAGAAGAAGAAAGUGAGACAAGUGCAUCCAAAGGGUUGAGUGCUAGAACCUCUGAAAUAAAGAUAACUGAUUUUAAAAACACAGCUCUCAAGGUUGAAGAAUCCAGGAGCAUGAGAACUGAUUCAGUCACUUCAGGUAUGGAAUGA